AUGUCGACCAACUCCAUCAAACUAUUGGCCAGCGAUGUGCACCGCGGGCUUGCCGAGCUUGUGGCCCAAAGACUUGGAUUGAAGCUCACUCCCAGCGAGUUGAAAAGAGACUCUUCUGGCGAGGUGACCUUCAGCAUUGGCGAAAGUGUUCGAGACGAGGACAUUUUCAUCAUCUGCCAGAUCGGGUCGGGCGUGGUCAACGACCGUGUGAUUGAGCUUUUGAUCAUGAUCAACGCCUGCCGCACCGCCAGUGCCCGGAGAAUCACCGUGAUCUUGCCCAACUUCCCUUAUGCGAGACAGGACCGCAAGGAUAAGAGCAGAGCGCCCAUCACCGCCAAGCUUAUGGCCGACAUGCUUACCACCGCCGGAUGCAACCAUGUGAUCACCAUGGAUUUGCAUGCGUCGCAGAUCCAAGGCUUUUUCGACGUUCCCGUGGACAAUUUGUAUGCGGAGCCCAGUGUGGUGAGAUAUAUCCGCGAGAAGGUGUCGUACAAGGAUGCCAUUGUGAUUUCGCCUGAUGCUGGAGGAGCCAAGAGAGCCGCAGGCUUGGCAGACCGGCUAGAUUUGAACUUUGCCUUGAUCCACAAGGAAAGAGCCCGGGCCAAUGAGGUGUCGAGAAUGGUGCUUGUGGGUGAUGUCACCGACAAAAUCUGCAUCAUUGUCGACGACAUGGCCGACACUUGCGGCACCUUGGCCAAGGCGGCAGAGGUUUUGUUGGAAAACAACGCUAAAGAAGUCAUUGCCAUAGUGACCCACGGCAUCUUGUCCGGAAAUGCCAUCAAAAACAUCAACAACUCCAAACUCAAAGCAGUUGUAUGCACCAACACCGUUCCUUUUGAGGAGAAGCUUGACCUCUGCCCCAAACUAGAUACCAUUGACAUUUCCGCCGUUUUGGCCGAGGCCAUCAGACGUCUUCACAAUGGUGAGAGCAUUUCGUAUUUGUUCAAGAAUGCUCCGUUGUCUUAA